AUGAUUCAGGAAGCGCGUUGUUUGAUUCUUGUCGCUUCCGUGUGUCUGCUAAUCGCCCGGAUCGUUUGCGAGAAAAUCGAGUACAAAGAUUGCGGUUCGACGAACGCGAAGAUCGUCAGCAUGCAGCUGAGUCCGUGUGACAACGUCUCUUGCUGCUCCCUGAAGCGAGGUACCUCGGUGGACGUGAAGAUCACCUUCACUCCGGAAAUCGAAGUUACAAAGUUGACAGCCACGAUGGUGGCUAUUUAUCGAGGGUCCCAGAUAGCGUUGCCUUUGCCUAACCGAAACGGUUGCGUGAAUUCUGGACUCGUCUGUCCGCUAAAGAAAAAUGCAACUGUGACCAUCACUCAGCGGUUAAAAGUAGACAUGGUUUACCCGAAGGUGAGCAGUGGGAUAUCACUUUUAAUAGAAUAA